AUGGUGGUUUCACUCAUCGAGCAUGGGGUUCCGGCAAUACCCCAUAAUAGACAGACAUUCCGAUUAGUGGUCGUUGGCUCUGCUCGAACAGGCAAAUCAUCACUUGUAGGACGAUUUCUUGAUGCGGAUUUUGAAGACCGUUACAUUCCUACGAUUGAAAACUUUUACCGACCUCAUCACUGGCGUUCCAGGAAAUUGUAUAAAAUCAAAAGCGAGGUGUACCAGUUGGACAUUAUCGAUUGCUCAGGCAAUGAUCCAUUUCCGGCGGCUCGCAAGCUCAGCUAUAUCUCAGGCAAGUGCCCUUUUGAUUUAAUUACGCUUGGACUUUUCAUUUCAGGUGAUAUGUUCCUUCUUGUUUCUUCCGUUGACAAUGCUGAUUCCGUCGCUCAAAUGAUCGAAGUAAUCUUUUUACGUCCUCUCAUGUAUCGAUUGAUCGAUAUUGAUUGGGGUGCCGCUGGAGGUGAAGAUACUCCUUGUGUAUUUAUUUUGAACAAGGCCGAUCUUCCAGAACACCGUUGGCAGACGACUGAAAACGAGGUAGCAGAGUUGGUAGAACAGGCAACAGGAACGAAAGAUGGCUUCAUCGUCUGUUCCGCAGCCACCAACCUCAACAUCGAUAAGGCAUUUGCUAGGCUGUUCACCAUGAAUAAAUGUCCCAAGCAUAUGAAUCCUGAGCUACACAAAAUGCUCCGAAAUGAGCUGUCAGCCGAUGGCGAAACGGGACGUCGACACAUCCUGAGACGUAUGAGGAGUCGAUUUUCACGAGAACAUGACGACAUGACCACGUAG